AUGAAGUUCGCUACCGCCCUGCUCUCUGCCGGCCUCAUGGUCGGCACCGCCAUCGCCGACAGUUUCCCGUUCGAGAGGCUCGACAAGAACAACUCCGUAUGGUUGCCGCCACCUCCCCGAGACACACUCACUAACCUGCUCAGCCGCUCGCUCAAGAGACAAUGCCGAUCCACUGCUGACCCUGCCCAGAUGCCGACCCUCUACCGUGACAGCAUGAUGGCCCAUGCCAGCCUCGGCACCCUCUUCAAGGAUCUGCCCGUUAUCAUGACGACCUCGACCGAGAUUGGCCCUAACGGCGUCCUGCCCCAGGAGAUCCUCGACAUGUACCCUGACGCCCCUCUCAUCAAGCGCGAGGGCGAGGUCAAUGCGUGGGACAACUCGGAUUUCCGCGCCGCCAUCAAGGCCACCAACCGCACGCAGAUCAUCAUUGCCGGCAUUGUGACGGAUGUUUGCACUGCCUUCCUGGCCCGCUCGCUCCGCGCCGAGGGUUACUCCGUCUGGGCGAACCUCGAGGCUAGCGGCACCACCACCAAGGAGGGCGUGGGACGGCGGGACACAAAUACCGCGUGCGCGGUGGGGGGGUGGGAAUCCUCCUCUCGGAAAAAUGAGAUGGUGGCGGACCGAUGA